ACAUAUGUAUGUAUUACCGUCACACAGUUGCACAAGCAGACGUCACGCCACACGAAUUGCGUCCGUCAAUUCCUACGUACGUAAGACAACGUUGGCAACGUCGCGACGCAGUCAGCAAUCGCUAUGAUACAGACGCAACGUGCGUCGAGCGAUUAAUACGGACGUUGCCGCAUUCUUUGUGUUUCUAUGAGACUGGUCACACGAACGGCGAGUUAACAUAUAUUAACCGUUAUAAUAAAUUAUGGACAUCGAGGUACUGAUAUCCGAAGUUGAGAAACAUCCCGUUUUAUGGGAUAUUUCCAAUCUCGAAUACAAAGACAAAUUGAAAAGAAACGAAGCGUGGUUGCGUGUGGCGAGUAUUGUAACCCCCAAUUUUAUGCAAAAGACGGAAACUGAUAAGAAGAUCAUUGUGCAGGAGGUAACUUCUAAAUGGAGAAGCGUACGCGAUAAUUAUAUUCGUACUUUAAGAAAAAGAAACGGAAAUAAUAAGUCAGGCUCUGGUGCAAAAAAAAAGAUACGAUAUGUUUAUGAAGAACAAUUAGGAUUUUUGAAAAAAUGUCGGCAGCCACAAGAUACCAGUAGUAGCACGGAGGUAGAGAAGAAUGACCCAAUAAGUACAGAUUCAGGGACCAACAUUAGUAAUGGAUUUGAAUCAAUUUUUAAUAAUGAAGAAACGAAUAAUGAGUUCAGAUACUCUCCACGAGAAAAAACAAAAAGAAUUCAUGCAGAAGAGGAGGCGGCUAAUUUUUCGGAAUAUAAGAAAAAUACAAACGGCGACGACGACGACAUGGCAUUUUAUAAAUCAACAUUACCGCUAAUUAAGUCCUUUAAUUUAGAGCAAAAAAUGCAAUACAGAAUGCAAGUCAUGCAAUUAAUUCAGAAUAUUAGAAGUUCAUCUGUUCAACGCACACUAUCAAAAUAUAAUACGUAGCACAUGAAAUUGUCCGGAUGCAGCCAGUACUUUCAUGUCUUGACUUAUAUUUUCUUUUGAAUGUUUAACGUAAACGAGCGUAAACGAAAAUCGAGAAUUCUACAGUGUUAAUUUUGGUCACAUGAAUAUCUUUCUCAGCGUAUUGAUGAGAGAAAAUUACAGAGAGCCAAAGCAACGCUCGUGUGAGUACAGUUCUAACGUCCGUCAAAAUUGACGUCCGUUAUAACGCUCGUGUUUCCCCAGCUUUAUUUUACAAAAUAUCGAAGUAAUUGUUAAUAAAAUUAGCUUUUCUAGUUACCUCUUUAUACCAAAUUAUCCUUUAAAUCCUGUUAACCAUAAGUUAACUAUGUAUAUAUGUAUAUAUAGCGUGAGACCGGCUGGUUGGUACAACUAGAUAAACCUAUGUGAGAAGAUAACUUGGAAAUAUAGAAUAAAACUUUUUUAUAUGAAAAAAAAAAUUGAGUUUGAAAAUUUGCCAAGCAUAGUUAAACUUGGCUAAGUAUCAAUUAGGCACGAGUAAACAAUUAACAAGAGGUCAUUAGACAUGCAAAAAUAAGUCAAACACGUAAAAUAAAAAUUUUUUUCUAUUCAAGACAGUCUUCAAAAAAAUAAAAUUUUCAAACUCGAUUUUCUUGAAAAAUAUGAUUCGUCAAUUUCUGUAACAAGAUGUCAUGUGAUUGUUCAAAUCAAUGCAACGUAAAUGUAUUACGGUUUUAAAAAAUAAAAAAAUUAUACAUGAGAUAUUAAAAUAAAAUAAAAGAUAUCAAGAUUA